CACUCGCUUCCUCAAGCUGUAUAUGGAUAUGACACCUGUGGUACCUGCUGCCUUUCCUCCUCAUAUACAUUAACAGCAAUAUUAAAUUCACGGCCUUUUCUUAUCAAUCCAAAACCUGGGGAAGCAGCAGCACCAGUUAUUCAAGCUGCUUCGAGGAAGAACACGUACAUAGUAGUAAUUGAAGCACCCUUUUUUCAAUAGCGUCCCACCUCAGAAUGGCUUUGGCUCAAGUCUCCAAUUGUCUUUACACUUCCGUUAGAGAUGUUUGUGUCUCAAACCCAGUAAGGAUUUCAUCUGCUGCUCGAAUUCCUAUCAGUGGUGUUGCUAAAUUUGGAACUACCUUCGCUUCCGGCUCUCCUCUUCCAGUUCAGAGAUCUUCUUAUUCAACAAAAGCUGCAAGCAAAGCUACUUCAGUGUCAAUAAAAUGUGAGCAGGGUGCCAAAGGGGGCAACAGCGUUGAUGUGUGGCUUGGUCGAUUUGCAAUGGUUGGCUUUGCAGCGGCUAUUAGUGUUGAAAUAGGAACAGGCAAAGGACUUCUGGAGAAUUUUGGUCUGACAACUCCCCUGCCAACGGUGGCAUUGGCAGUUACAGCAUUAGUGGGUGUUCUUACAGCAGUUUUUAUCUUCCAAUCUGCCUCCAAGAGUUAAAAAAAGUGUUGUGUACCUGCAGCUCAAUUGUAAUAUGAGAACACAAUCUGCUGAUAUACUCGUUGUCCUAUUCUUACUCCCACAAGGUUCAUUUGAAUUACUUUUUUGAACUAUUGAACUAGACAACAAAACAAUCUAAACUGCCCACUAGAUAUGAGUAUCAGCAAUCACCUUGACAUAUAUUCAACUAAUUUGAAGGGAGAGAGGAUGAGCAUUC